CUGUUACGAUUUCUUCAGCGCCAUAACGACUGGCUUGCUUGCUGUUGACCAACGAUACCCUCGCUCGCACUGAGGCGAGUCCUUUGCAAACAUGGCUUACCACGGCCGGGGAGAUGGCUAUGAGGGCCAUCCGAUGCAGGAUCUCCCAACGCAUCACGGCCAGCACGACGACGAUGCCCAAGCCGCACUUCUCAACCAGAACCAAGGGUACGACCAGGAUCGCCUGGGCGCGCACACUCCGCCGGUCCGCCCCGUCUCGGCUUACAGUCUGACCGAGUCGUACGCCCCGGGUGCUACCACAACAAGGGCAGGAAUCGGUGUCAGCCCGACUCCUCCUCCUCCCGGCCACGGCGAAUAUGCCGGUGCCCCGGGCUACUACCAGCCGCAGUUCUCGGCCGAUCCGUCCUACAGGAUGUCCUCCGUCGAUUCAGACGAGAGCUGGCUGCGGCGACAGCAGCCCAACGCGGCGCCCAGCGGCGGCCUCAAGCGCUACGCGACGAGAAAGGUCAAGCUUGUCCAGGGCUCCGUCCUGAGCAUCGACUAUCCCGUCCCCAGCGCCAUCAGGAACGCCGUGCAGCCGCGGUACCGCGACGAGGAGGGAAACAACGAGGAGUUCUUCAAGAUGCGCUACACGGCUGCCACGUGCGAUCCUAACGACUUCACUCUUAAGAACGGUUACGAUCUGCGCCCCCGCAUGUACAACCGGCAUACCGAACUCCUCAUCGCCAUCACCUACUACAACGAAGACAAGGUCUUGCUGGCGAGAACGCUGCACGGCGUCAUGCUGAACAUCCGGGAUAUCGUGAACCUGAAGAAGUCGUCCUUCUGGAACCGUGGCGGGCCGGCCUGGCAGAAGAUUGUCGUGUGCCUGGUGUUCGACGGUAUCGAGAAGGCCGACAAGAACGUGCUCGACGUGCUGGCCACCAUUGGCGUGUACCAGGACGGCGUGAUCAAGAAGGACGUCGACGGAAAGGAGACGGUUGCCCACAUCUUCGAGUACACGACCCAGCUCUCCGUCACCCCGAACCAGCAGCUCAUCCGGCCGGUGGAUGACAGCCCGUCGACGCUGCCCCCCGUGCAGUUCAUUUUCUGCCUCAAGCAGAAGAACAGCAAGAAGAUCAACUCGCAUCGCUGGCUGUUCAAUGCCUUCGGUCGUAUCCUGAACCCCGAGGUCUGCAUCCUGAUCGAUGCCGGCACCAAGCCGGGCCCCAAGUCUCUGCUCGCCCUGUGGGAGGGCUUCUACAACGACAAGGACCUCGGCGGCGCCUGCGGUGAGAUCCAUGCUAUGCUAGGAAAAGGCGGCAAGAAGCUGCUUAACCCGCUGGUCGCCGUCCAGAAUUUUGAGUACAAGAUCUCCAACAUUCUCGACAAGCCGCUCGAGAGCGCGUUCGGCUACGUUAGUGUCCUGCCCGGCGCUUUCUCGGCGUACCGCUUCCGAGCGAUUAUGGGUCGGCCUCUGGAGCAGUACUUCCACGGUGACCACACGCUGUCCAAGAUCCUGGGCAAGAAGGGUAUCGAGGGCAUGAACAUCUUCAAGAAGAACAUGUUCUUGGCCGAGGACCGUAUUCUCUGCUUCGAGCUGGUCGCCAAAGCGGGCCAGAAGUGGCAUCUGAGCUACAUCAAGGCCGCCAAGGGCGAGACGGAUGUGCCGGAAGGCGCCCCCGAGUUCAUCAGCCAGCGUCGUCGUUGGCUGAACGGUUCGUUCGCCGCCAGCUUGUACUCGCUCAUGCACUUCGGGCGCAUGUACAAGAGCGGCCACAACAUUGUGCGCAUGUUCUUCUUCCACAUCCAGCUCAUCUACAACGUCCUGAACGUCAUCUUCACCUGGUUCUCGCUGUCCUCGUACUGGCUGACGACGAGCGUCAUCAUGGACCUCGUCGGCACGCCGGUGCCCGCCUCGAAUACCUCGUCGGAACACCACGCCUGGCCGUUUGGUGACUCGGCGACGCCCUUCAUCAACGCGGUCCUCCAGUACAUCUACCUGGCGUUCGUCAUCCUGCAGUUCAUCCUGGCGCUGGGCAACCGGCCGAAGGGUUCAAAGUGGACCUACAUCGUGUCGUACAUCGUCUUCGCGGUCAUCCAGGGCUACAUCAUCGUGCUUUCCACCUACCUCGUGGCACAAGCGUUCAGGACGCCGCUGGAGGACCAGAUCAAGCUGGACUCGGCCUCGGACGCGCUCAAGUCUCUGUUCGGCGGCACCGGCGCGGCGGGUGUCAUCCUGGUGGCGCUGAUCACCAUCUACGGUCUCUACUUCCUCGCCUCGUUCCUGUACCUCGACCCGUGGCACAUGUUCCACUCGUUCCCGUACUACAUGCUGCUCAUGUCGACGUACAUCAACAUCCUGAUGGUGUACGCGUUCAACAACUGGCACGACGUGUCGUGGGGCACCAAGGGCUCGGACAAGAACGACGCGCUGCCGUCGGCGCAGGUCACCAAGGGCGAGAAGGACGAGGUCGUGGUGGAGGAGAUCGAGAAGCCGCAGGAGGAUAUCGACCAGAUGUUCGAGCAGACGGUGCGCCGCGCGCUCGCGCCGUUCAAGGAGGAGGAGAAGCACGAGCCCAAGGACCUCGAGGACUCGUACAAGUCCUUCCGCACCAUGCUCGUCGUCUCGUGGCUCUUCUCCAACUGCUUGCUUGCUGUUGUCAUUACCAGCGACAACUUCAACUCGUUCGGCAUCGGGCAAACCGCCACCGCACGCACGGCUUGGUUCUUCAAGUUCCUGCUGUUUGCCACCGCCGCCCUGUCCAUCGUCCGCUUCAUCGGCUUCCUGUGGUUCCUCGGCCGCACCGGCAUCAUGUGCUGCUUCGCCCGGCGCUAAACCAGCAAAGGGGGCAACUCUGGCUUCAGCUUCCGUUGCUCCGCUGUAUAUCAAGCAUGGCCCAGUCCAGUUUGUCCGUCGGCGUCCUUUUCUUGUUCCCUUUUUGUUACGUUUUCCCGCGCUUUGGCCUCCGCUGUAUGCGAGAGAGACCCGGUGAGGGUUUUCUUUGGUUCUGCCUUGUGCUUAGGAGGUGCUGUCUGAAGCGUCGUGGGAAUAUGUUCGUGUGUGAGAGGGACAUAAAAACUUGGGCAUUUUCGCUGGAGAGAGGCGUUGUUUUUUCCUAGCUACCUGCCUAUCUAAAUAGCGAGCU